UUAUAAAUUGACUUGUACUGGUGAUAGACAAACCACCAAACAAUGGAAGAAGUAAAGCUACAUGGAUUUUGGGCUAGCCCUUUUAGCCACAAAGUGAUAUGGGCUCUGAAACUAAAGGGUGUGAAGUAUGAGUACCUAGAAGAAGACCUCUCCAACAAGAGUCAACUGCUUUUACAGUACAACCCAAUUCACAAGAAGAUCCCUGUGCUUGUUCAUGGUGGCAAACCAGUAGCGGAGUCCCGCGUUAUUCUUGAGUACAUCGAAGAGACGUGGCCGGAGACUCCGUUGCUGCCGGAAGAUGCUUAUGAGAGGGCCAUGGCUCGGUUUUGGAUUCAAUUUGGGGAAGAUAAGGGUCGCACAUUUUUUGGCCUUUAUGGGACUGGACAGGAACAAGAGGAAGCAAUCAAAGAAUCAUUGGCAGUGCUGAAAAUCAUAGAAGAGAAAGCCCUUGGAGACAAGCAGUUCUUUGGUGGCGAUGCCAUUGGAUUAGUAGACAUCUCAUUUGGAUGGUUUGCUUAUGGGUUCGAAUGCAUGGAAGAAGUGGUUGGUGUAAAACUGCUAGAACCAAGCACUUUGCCUCGCUUGUGUGCAUGGGUUCAAAAUUUUAAACAAGUUACUGUCAUCAAAGAAAAUCUCCCUGAUCGUGAAAAAUUGCUGGCCCAUCUCAAACGCUUGAGGGAGAAGCUCAUCGCAAACUCAAGAAGGUAGCAUUUGAAAAAUUGAUCUCCGUUAAUCAUGAGUAUUGAGAGGAGUUGACUUGAACACUUUUGAUAUUAAAUUUGUGUAACUGUGGUUGUAGCACUUGUUUUUAUUAUGAUAUGUUGGAUUUAUGUA